UAGCUGUGCCAAUCGUGGGGGAAAAAAAGCAAUCGGCCCGCAUGAGUGAGAAUCUUUCCCGGUUACUCGUCGUUUUAGCCGUCGCUGACCAUCCUGCUGAGCUUGUUCUUAAUAGAGUUUAAAUCAGCCAUAUAUAUAUUUUUGUACAAAAAUAAAGACGGAAAAUGCCGAAGAAAACGAAAGAAGUUGCCGAAUGGGAAGGCGAUGAGCCAACGCCAACAGAAAAAGCUGUAAAGAAAGGAAAGAAAGACAAGAAAGGGAAGAAAACGUUCUUUGAGGAGCUAGCAUCGGAUAAUAAACCGGAGAAGGAGGAGGAACCUGUUGUCAAGGAUGGUCAUGGAAAGCAGCCCCAGAAGAAGAGAGAUCGGCGGAAAGGGAAAGGGAGAGGUGGAGCGGGUGAUGACGAGGAUGAGGAGGUGAUGCAGAGGCUGAAGAAGCUGUCGGUGCAGCCCAGCGACGAAGAGGAGGAAGAGGAAGAGCCCGUGGUCAUGCGCAACGUGGGUGGAAAGAAAAAUAAGGGUGGGAAUAUAUUUGCUGCUCUCAGUCAGGGGCAGAGUGAUGAGGAUGAGGAUGGCAGUAGAGAUGAAGAGGAAGAGGAGGAGGAGGAGAAGGCACUGAAUGAGAAACCCAGCCGCAAGGCGGUCGCUCAGGACGAUCUGGAUGAGGAGGGAGACAAGGUGCCGAAAGGCAAGAAAAAAGAGAAAUCUAAAAUGAAGAAAACCAAGGAGGCAUCUGAUGAAGAGAGGGAUGAGGAGGAGGAGGAGAAGAAAGAUGCGGAUGAAAAGAGGGUGGUGAUGAAGAAGGACAAUAAGCCCCCCGUGAAAGCACAGAAGCAGGAGGAGGAAGAGGUAGAGAAACCACUGAAGGCCCCGCAGAAGGUGGUGAAGAAGGAGCAACCGAAGAAAGCGAAACCCGUCCGCCCGCCACGCAGUGAGGAAGAUGAGGAUGAAGAUGAGGAGGAGAAGAGCGAGGAUAUAGAAAAGGAUGAGGAGGAGGAUGGUGAUGAAGAGGAGGGGGGCAAGGCGAAGGAGGCCGACCCCUACGCCAACAUGAGCAAGAAGGAGAAGAAGAAGAUGAAGAAGCAGCUGGAGUAUGAGAGGCAGGUUGCCAGUGUUCGUGCUCAGAGCGCCACAGAGGGGGAUUUCUCUGUGUCCCAGGCAGAGCUGUCCUCCAGACAGGCCAUGCUGGAGAACGCCUCCGACAUCAAGCUGGAGCGUUUCAGUAUCUCUGCCCACGGGAAGGAGCUGUUUGUGAACGCCGAUCUCCUCAUCGUGGCGGGACGGCGCUACGGUCUGGUCGGCCCCAAUGGUAAAGGGAAGACCACUCUUCUGAAGCACAUUGCAAACAGAGCUCUCAGCAUCCCCCCCAAUAUCGAUGUGCUUCUGUGUGAACAAGAGGUGAUGGCGGAUGACACUCCGGCGGUGCAGGCGGUGCUGAAGGCCGAUACCCGCCGCCUCAAGCUGCUGGAGGAGGAGCGACAGCUGCAGAACCUGCUGGAGAAAGGAGAGGACAGCGUGAGCGAGAGGCUGGAGAAGGUGUACGAGGAGUUGCGGGUUAUCGGGGCAGCAGCAGCAGAGGCGAAAGCCCGUAGGAUCCUGGCUGGUCUCUCCUUCACCCCGGAGAUGCAGAACCGAGCAACCAAGAAGUUCUCUGGGGGCUGGAGGAUGAGGGUGUCUCUGGCCAGGGCUCUGUUCAUGGAGCCCACUCUGUUGAUGCUGGAUGAGCCCACAAACCACCUGGACCUGAAUGCUGUGAUCUGGCUCAACAAUUACCUGCAGGGCUGGAAGAAGACCCUGCUCAUCGUGUCCCAUGACCAGAGCUUCCUGGACGAUGUCUGUACUGACAUCAUCCACCUGGACAACCAGAAGCUCUAUUACUACAGGGGCAAUUACCUGGCCUUUAAGAAGAUGUACGUGCAGAAGCAGAAGGAGAUGCAGAAACAGUACGAUAAACAGGAGAAGAAGCUCAAAGACCUGAAAGCAGGAGGGAAAUCCACCAAGCAAGCUGAGAAACAGACGAAGGAGGCUCUAACGAGGAAACAGCAGAAGGGGAGGAAGAAGGGCCAGGAGGAGGAGAGUCACGAGGCCCCGGAGCUGCUCAAACGGCCCAAAGAAUACACCGUCAAAUUCACCUUCCCCAACCCCCCUCCACUCUCUCCCCCCAUCCUGGGCCUGCACACUGUGGACUUCUGCUACGAGGGUCAGAAACCGCUGUUUAAAAACGUGGACUUUGGAAUCGACAUGGAGUCUCGAAUUUGUAUCGUGGGACCCAACGGUGUCGGGAAAAGUACCCUACUGCUCCUGCUCACAGGCAAAUUGACUCCGACUCGAGGAGAAAUGAGGAAGAAUCAUAGACUGAAAGUGGGCUUCUUCAACCAGCAGUACGCAGACCAGCUGACCAUGGAGGAGUCGGCCACGGAAUACCUGCAGCGAAACUUCAACCUGCCGUACCAGGACAGCAGGAAGUGCCUGGGCCGCUUCGGACUGGAGAGCCACGCCCACACCAUCCAGAUCUCCAAACUCUCAGGUGGCCAGAAAGCCAGGGUUGUGUUCGCUGAGCUGUCCUGCCGACAACCUGACGUGCUCAUCCUGGAUGAGCCCACCAACAACCUGGACAUCGAGUCGAUCGACGCCUUAUCUGAAGCCAUUAACGAGUAUAAGGGAGCCGUGAUCAUCGUGAGCCACGACGCCCGGCUGAUCACCGAGACGCAGUGCCAGCUGUGGGUGGUGGAAGACCGCUCGGUCAACCAGAUCGACGGCGACUUCGAGGACUACAAGCGCGAGGUCCUGGAGGCCCUGGGGGAGACGCUGGUGCACAAGACCAAAGAAUGACCGGGGGGGGGGGCCGCGGUGCCGGGGCGGGCGGUGGGGGAGUGUGCUGACGGGGGCGAAACAUUACCACAGAAUCUACACCACGCUUAGUCCUGGGGCGCUGAAGGGGGCUAGCUCAGCGGCGGUGUACUGGCGCCAUCUUGUGUCUGCGGAACGGCGGCGCAAGCCAAUGUCACGGCCCUCUUCACCCAGUGCACAUCCUCCCCCUCUGAUUGGCCGGCACACGCCGUGUGACGCGUGUGGGCCAGUCAGGGAUGAGCGAACGCUGUGUGUUUUGGAAAGUGAUGCGCCGUGUGCCAAGUUGCCGUUGCAGGCCAAAGGAAAGUUCGUUUUAACCAAUCGGCUGAUGGCACAAGAACGAGACUGGUGGUACCGUACUGUAGGCUAGGCUUGGAGCAGUAUGCAUCGAGUGGAAACAGUACUUUAACUUUGGCCCAGGAAGUAAAGAACGUAUACAUAUAGCUGUAUCACUGAUAUUAAACUUUGAAUUUAGGGGUGGGACAAAGCGGGAAUUUGAAAAUAUGGACAUAAUUACAUGAAUGCUACUAACUAUAAAAUAAAUGGAUUUUUGCACCAA